AUGGCAGAAAUAUUGAAGCACGUCCAAGACCUUUUCUUUAGUUUCCAACAGCCCUUAAAUAAUGAAGCAACUGUGAACUUGCAGGCUCUUAUUUUCCUGUUAGCUCUUGUGGUUAGGGCAGCAAACAGACCUGUAGAGUAUGAUAGUGAUGAUGAGCUCAUUGCCCCAAGGCAACAAAUAAGGCAGCCCUUGCUCAACAGGCCACCAGCUCCUGCAACAGGUGUGCCUGUAGCUGGAGCUCUUGAUCAGCGUCCAAGUAGAAAUGAUGCUUGGAGCACACGCAUGAGGGAAAAGUAUGGGCUCGAUACUUCUGAGUUCACAUACAACCCAUCUGAGUCACACAGGUUCCAGCCAGUGGCCCCACAACAAUCAGAAGAAAGGAGUCGUUGCACCAUUAUGUGAUGCCUUUGUGGAUGUUGCCCAACUCAAGUGUUUUUUGAACAAUGGUUUCAGAGCUUAAAAGUUUCCAGAGGACGGUCUUUUCCUUUUUUGUGUACAAAACUCAUUGUUUUACUUUGAUCAUGAAUUCUCGUGGAGUUCAGUUGAGUCGUUGCACCCCGUAUUUCACUUUAUGCCAACUGCAUUACCAUUUUGUGUGUAAAAAUGUACUAAUUACAAUCAUGAAUUCUCGUGGAGUUCAGUUGAGCUUAAUUGUUUUUAUAGAGUUGUGAGGACAUUCUGUACUUGCAUAAGGCUUAUUGAAAAAAAAAUCUAAGGGUGUGUUUGUUUCCUUA